GUGCCCGGAUGCAGCGGGAGGAGGUGCUGCCGCCAUAUUUGCCCGGAGAGCAGCGAGCUGGUAGCUCCUGAGCCCCCCAGACCCAUCGGCUUCCAUCCGCCCCGUGCAGUCCCCGACGCCGCCCCGCCUGCAGGACAUGGACGAUCGGGAGGACCUCGUCUAUCAGGCCAAGUUGGCCGAGCAGGCCGAGCGCUAUGAUGAAAUGGUUGAAUCAAUGAAGAAAGUGGCUGGAAUGGAUGUGGAGUUGACAGUGGAAGAAAGAAACCUGCUUUCUGUCGCAUAUAAAAACGUGAUUGGAGCCAGAAGAGCUUCCUGGAGAAUAAUCAGCAGCAUUGAACAGAAAGAAGAAAACAAAGGUGGAGAAGAUAAAUUAAAAAUGAUUCGGGAGUAUCGGCAAAUGGUUGAGACUGAGUUGAAGUUAAUCUGUUGUGACAUUCUGGAUGUACUGGACAAACACCUCAUUCCAGCAGCAAACACUGGCGAGUCCAAGGUUUUCUAUUACAAAAUGAAGGGGGACUAUCAUAGGUAUCUGGCUGAGUUUGCUACAGGAAAUGACAGGAAGGAGGCUGCAGAGAACAGCUUGGUGGCUUACAAAGCUGCUAGUGAUAUUGCAAUGACAGAACUCCCUCCAACACAUCCCAUCCGCUUAGGGCUUGCGCUCAACUUCUCUGUAUUCUACUAUGAAAUCCUUAAUUCUCCUGAUCGUGCCUGCAGGUUGGCAAAAGCAGCUUUUGAUGAUGCUAUUGCAGAACUGGAUACGCUGAGUGAAGAAAGCUAUAAGGACUCUACACUUAUCAUGCAGUUGUUACGUGAUAAUCUGACACUAUGGACUUCAGACAUGCAGGGUGAUGGUGAAGAACAGAAUAAAGAAGCGCUGCAGGAUGUGGAAGAUGAAAACCAGUGAGAGACAAAGGCCAACAAGAGAACCCAUCUCUGACCACCCUCCCCCUUCCCCACAAAAACCCUCAGUGUCACUCUGAGAACCACCAAAUCUGACUUUUACAUUGGCUCUCAGAAUUUAGGUUCCUGCCCUGUUGGGUUUCUUUUUUUUUUGUUUUGUUUUGGGUUUGUUUUUUUUUUUACACAGUUUAAAAGUUCUUAAAGGCAAGAGUGAAUGUCUGUGGAUGUGACUGGUGCCAGCGUUUAGUUUCUUUUAAGACACUAACAGGACUGUGGAAAGGCUCUUUCAGCAUCACUGCACUGUCUCCUGCCAGCCCUGGGAGGUUCCUUUAGACCUUGGAUGUUGCACCUGAGGGCAUAGAGGUGUCCUGGCAAGGGAGUGCUCACGUGGUGGCUUUUGGGUUGUUGCUUUUGGGCUUUUGGUUUGGUUGGGUUUUGGUUUUUUUUUCCUCUUUUUAUAACUGUUUCAACUGAAUUUUAUACCAAUGUUUAAAACUUAAUUGGGUGUUUAGCUUGAAGUUACAGGUUGCAUUGGGACAUCUAUUGUAGUGGUUUUACUGUAUCAAAAGAAGUUUCCAAACUGCUGAAACGUUGCUGAAAAAAUCAUGGUGCUGGUAACAGUUCAACAAUCCGUGGCUGCUCAUUCUUGCCUGUUCUUUCCUUUUCCUCCAAGCAGGUUAGCAUUGAAGGUGGCAUUGAGAAGCCUGCAUGCGUGUUCAAUAUUUUUUCUUUCUCCCUCCCCCUUUCCCCAUCUCCCUUCGCUCGCUCAACCUCUUUUGUUCAGUAUGUGUAACUUGAAGCUAAUUUGUACUACUGGAUAUCUGACUGGAGCCACAGAUACAGAAUCUGUAUUGUUCUUACUGAAACACAGCAUGGAAUUAACAUUAAACUUAAAUAAAACAAACCUAAAUUAAAAAUGCCAAA